AUGGACAGAUUAAAGGCUUGUAUAGAACAAAGAGUUCCCUUUAGGAAAAUCGUGAUAACAGAUGACGUGACGAGUUAUUGUUGUCAACAAGAAAUAGUGCAAUUUAUCCAGCUGCAACUCUCUAGCAAUCCGCAUUAUUUCAAAAAUUUUCUAAACGUAUACAUCAACAAGCUUGAAUCAUUUCAUGAGGAAAUAGCAGAUAGUUUAUACGAGCUUUACGUUGAUCCAAAUAUACUCAACUCUUGUGAGCUAGCUGCUGAUGUAGUAGAAAAUGUAAAAUACUACAUUGGCGGGAUUAAGGAGGAAGUAGUAGACAACGAGAGAGAAGAUGGCGAGAUCAAGGAAGAAGCAGUAGCAGGUUUCAAGACAAUCAUUGUGAAGGAGACGCCCAGGUUGAUAUCUGCACAUUGUACUACAGGUCUACGUACCUGGGAGGCGGCUUUGUACCUAGCAAAUUGUCUAAAUGAUGAAAAUAUCUCUUCUUCUAUUUUGCCAUUUUCAUUGAGCGACAAAACUAUUCUAGAGCUUGGUUGUGGAACAGGAUUACUUGGUCUUUCAUUGUUGAAAAAAGACCUUUCAAAUAAACUACCAAGCAAAGUUAUUUUGACCGAUGGCUCAAAAGAAGUUUUUAAAAAUAGUAGGGAUAUCGUAAAGUUGAACAAUCUAGACCCUGCUUUAGUUGAAUGGAAGCAAUUGCAAUGGGGAAAACAUCAUACAAUAAGUGAUCACACAGAUAUACUCGUUGGUGCUGAUAUCACUUAUGAUUCCCGAAUCUUGAAGCCAUUGUGUCAGACUAUUGACCUGUUUUUCAAACAUAAUGGCCUUACAGUAGCAGUCGUUGCAGCUACUGUAAGGAACCUAGACACAAUUGCGGCAUGGGAAGCCGAAUUGGCAAAUUGGUUUAAAGGAAGAUGGAAUAUUACAAGGAGAGAAAAGAAGCCUGGCUCUUUGAAUUUUAUAAGUUAUUUCGAUCCCAAUACACCAGAAAUACGCAUCUAUAGCAUCUUUAAUUGA